AUGGUAGACCAGUCCGUAGAGGAGAUGGAUGUCAACUCCUCCGAUCCCCAACCUGCACCAAAAAUGAAGAUCUCUUUUGGUGUUAAGAGAGUUGCACCAGUGAAACUUCAGGAUAGCACACCUGCAAUAGUUGACGUGAGUGUUGACAGCGAUGAGGAGAGAGAGCAUGAUGAAGAAGAGAGGAGGAAUAAGAAACGCAAACUUACUCACUUCGAAGAUGGAGACGCUCCAGAUGAUGAGGACAGUAAGAAAAAAGCAGUUGCUGUGAUUCCUCUAGUUCAAGAGCGAGACUGGCGUGUAGCCAAGCUUUUGGCGCUGCAGAAGGAAGGCAAACUCACUGAUGAAGAUCGAGCAAAAUUAGCAAUUCUCACUGAAGACCAGCCAUUUGAGGGAUCAAAUGGUACUGCUACAACCGACGCUAUAGUUGUAGAAGAAGAGGCUAAAGUUGUUGAAGACGCCGAUUAUGGAGCGGUGCCCAUUGAAGAGUACGGACUUGCUAUUCUCAGGGGUUGUGGAUGGAAGGAAGGUCAAGGUAUUGGCCGAAGACCUCAGGUAGUACCUCUGCGAAUACUUCCGCGACGCCCCAAUGGACUUGGUCUGGGUGCAGUACCUCAAAAACAGGACAAGAAAGGUGCAAAGAAUGAUAAAGAUGAGCAAUUAGACGAAGUUAUAAAGAAGGAUUCCUUGAUACGAAUAACAACUGGUCGAUUUAAGGGGCAUUAUGGCAAGGUGGAGUCCAGAGACGACGACAAUAAUUGUCUGUUCGUGCGGUUAGCUGUAGGUGGACAACAAGUGAAGGUGAGCUUGUUCGCCAUACAACAAGUUUCUAAAAAAGAGUAUGAUCGGGAUAGCAAGUGUAUAAAUAAAGAUGAUUAUGAUAAGGAACGAGAAAAAAUCGAAAAACGAAACAGUGAAGCCGUACGUGAUGGUCGGAAAAGGGAUGACCGAAAAGAUCGUGAAGAACGUUCAAGGGAUAAGUAUCGGGAAAAGGAUGCGGGCCACGAUAGGAAAGCUGAGAAAGAAGAAUUAUGGGUUCGUACCGAUUUACUGGUCCGGUUUAUUGACGAGAAUUAUAAAAAAGGCAAAUACUUCAAAGAAAAGAUGCGGGUAGUAGAUGUGGCUUCGCGAAAGGAUAUUUCGUUAGAAGACUCGCAUGGAAAAAUGCAUUACGGAAUUCGUCAGUCAUCGUUAGAGACGGUUUUACCCCGGUUAGAAAAAUCGCGUGUUAUGAUUGUACGAGGUAAACAUAAGGGACAUACGGCGACGAUGGAAGAGAAAGACAAAAAGCGCUGUCUGGUUGUCGCACGGUUAUUGAGGUCCAACGAGGUGACUUUUUGGAUUCAUCCCAGCUGA